CUACUCUCUCUCUCUCUCUCUCUCUCUCUCUCUCUCUCUUCUCCUACUCUCUCUCUGAGCCAUAGCAUCAAUAAAACCUGGAAAGAGGAAAGCUAGACAGCUCAAUUUCUCCUUCCUCUCUGCCCAUACAUAUCUCUCUCUCCAUCGAUCUAACCUACACACACAGAGAAAGAGAGAGAAGCAGCAGUAGCACAUGUAACCUAGCUAGCCUGCGGUUCUCCACGGCAACGCUUCUUCUUCUUGGCUGCCGCCUGGUGAACCUCGCCGUAGUCUGAACGGCUAGGGGGGCAGCGAGGCGGCGGCGCCAGGGGAUAAUCAGGAGGAAUGUCGUCGUCGGGCCAGAUCGCGCCGGCAGAACAAGUCUGCUACGUCCACUGCAACUUCUGCAACACCGUACUCGCGGUGAGUGUCCCUGGGAACAGCAUGCUCAACAUUGUGACAGUCCGGUGUGGGCACUGUACAAACCUACUUUCGGUGAGCCUGAGAGGGCAGAUGCACUCACCAGUCCCUCCUGCAGCACAGGUCCAGGAGAGCAGCCUGAGCAAGCCCAAUGGCAGCAACGGCUUCAUUCGCGAUCACAGCGUCUACAAUAGCCUGGAGUUUGGUUCGUCUUCUUCUUCGUCGUCGUCCAAAUUCCGGAUGCCGACGAUGAUGUUCUCGUCGCAAAAUGAUCUGCUGCAGGAACAGACGCUGCACGCACGUCCUCCGGAGAAGAGGCAGCGUGUUCCUUCAGCGUACAACAGAUUCAUCAAGGAAGAGAUACGAAGGAUAAAGGCAAACAACCCCGACAUUAGCCACAGGGAAGCCUUCAGCACUGCCGCAAAGAACUGGGCACAUUACCCAAACAUCCAUUUCGGUCUAAACCCCGAGCGCGACGGUGGCAAGAGGCUCGCCGUCGACGAUGCCGCGCCGGCUGCCAAGAAGAUCCAAGGUUUCUGUUCAUAGACACGACGGUUGGGAGUCCAAACAAGAACAAUUGUAUCUAUAUAUAGUAUUAGUAUAUCGCAUAUGUGUAUACGUACCGCAUGUGAGUAAGUAAAGAUGCAAAGGAAAAGAGAAGAAGUCACUACGUACCUUACCUUAUACAAUUGUACGUACAUAUACGGUGAUCGAGUGAAUAAAUAAUUAGUCUGUCUUUUUA